AUGGCGGGUCGGACCAUCAGUAGAGAAGACGCACUGUCUCUUCAGGACCAUAAACAUGCCUGUCACAUCUUGCUGUAUGCUGAAACCAAAGCCAAACUAUUCGGCAAAAUCCCAAUUAAACAAAUCGUUCUGAUGCAGAUGCGUUUUGAUGGCUUGCUUGGCUUUCCUGGAGGGUUUGUGAAGCUCUCAGAGGAGAGUCUGGAGGCAGGCCUAAGCAGAGAGCUGAAGGAAGAGGUGGGAGUGGAAGUGCCAGUGACCCUGGAUGAUUACAUGUACUCUUGUCUUGCACCAUCCCCUCCCAGAAUUGUCUUACACUUUUAUAUAAAGAAGAUGAAGGAGGCUGAGCUGAUAGAAAUAGAGAAAGCUGCAGUAUCGAAUGCUGUGGAUCAUGGUUUAGAGGUGCUGGGCAUGGUUCGAGUGCCACUGUACACUUUGAAAAAUGGUGGUGGUCUUUCAAUGUUCCUAUCUCACUCGUUCAUCAGUAACUCACGUGACCAGCUUCUGGAGGCACUGCGGCACCUGGGGCUGGUGUCGUCUCAGACUCUGGAGGAAGCACUGAGAGAGGCUGAGAAGAGGAGACACAAGCACCUAACUGAUCCUCACUGACACUGAGAGUGUUUAUAUAGACUUUAAUAGUCUGAUCAUUUAUACAAAUAGUAUACUGCACACACACACUUCCUUAGCAGCAUGGUUCUGCCACUUGAGCAGUAAAAUAGUAAAAUUACAAAAAAUAGUAACCCACUAGUGAGUGCUCAGGUGGUACAGCAGUUUAUUACACUAGCCCUUAAGUAUGCUAUUGACCACUGGGCAUCUACACAGACAAAACUGGCUGUGUCAUAUAGUGGAAGUGGGUGGCCAAAGCCCUGUGAUGCCUUGAACUCAGUGUUUUCCAGUGUGUAACCAGCUCUGAUCAGAAAUAAAUUAACUGAUGAAAAGGAAAUUAAGAAAAAAUAGUAACCAGCUAGUUUAUAUUAAACUGGUUGGUACAGGACAAUGUUAAGACAGAUUCACUAGAUACACUUGAUGUCAAUACAGUUAGAGCUUCAGAUUCUGUUUGAAAAGUAAGGGUAUGUUAAAGAUAAAUAUUCUCUAGAAGUGUUCUCAUUAUAGCUCUGGAAAUUAAUAACACAUUGGUCAAAUAUUAUAUUAAUUGGGUUACUCACUAUAGGGGUAAAGAAGUGUGUGCACUUGCUCACUUGUGGUGAAUGUGGUAAAGAAUGUCUCAUCGUACCCUAUCAUAUCCCCCCACAUCUUUUGUGUAAAUGAGUGCCUUCGUUUUUAUACCACUUUGAUUUAUUUCUCUUGCCAGUAUGGUGCCAUCUUGGCCUGCUCAGUAUUUUCUCAGAGUUUGUCUGGCUAAAAUAAUGUUGUCCCCCUUUAUGAAGAGGUACAUUUCAGGAUGCAUGGUGACAUCUGCUGAUAGAGCAGUUAUAUUGCACGUCUUGUAUGAUAUUGCUCAGGCUUCUGUGUUCAGUUGGUUGUAAGACACCCCCACCCUAAUUUAGUGGUAAAUUAACUUUUUAAGACCCUGGAAUCAUGGGAAAUCCAAUUACUGUACAUUACUGACAGGCAUAUGGGACCUAGGGCUUUCUGUUUAUUAGAUUACUUAGGUGUACAAUUAUUAUAUUAUUGCUAACAGCAUGAUGUCAUGCAGUGAUAAGGUUAUUCCUUACAUAUAAAAGCACUCACCAGGUACUUAUAUACUGUAUCUCAGUUUACAUACUAAAGACCUGACUACAGAGCUGACUACAAUCAGGGAUUGUUUAGAUAUGAUAUAGGAAUCAUGGAGUGUUCACUCUUGAUUUGUGUGUACAUUUGAUUUAUGUUUUUGAAAUUACAUAGGCUUCAGUUAUAAGACAAGUUUAAAGUAUAAAUGUUCUAAAAUAAAACUCCAUGGCAUUUUUUUUAUGUUUGAUGUCCGAAAAGUCAAUAAAACUGCUCCAGGAUUU